CUUCAACACGUGGUUGAAGCUCCGUCUUUCGACUAUUUGAAAAGAAAAUUGGAUCAGCUUAGAGACUAUCAUUGCCAGGACUAACACCGACCAUCUAGACUCCUGUCCUGAGCAAACUGAUACUGAAGUACGAAAAGUCAUGGAAACGACCUUGAGAAUUCUGCAAAGAUGAAAUAUAUAUGAAUUUCUGUGAUACGGCUGCACUUGUGUUCAAAUGAAUAAUUACCUGAAACAAUACUUUGGAUUUACAAUUCCUUUCUUAACUCCAACAAUUUUGAUUUUAUGGCUUUCUAUAAGGUUGCUGACUCUACAUUCCCAGCAGGCAUAUCGAUAUUUAAAUGAACUUUUAUUCGCAUUCUUUAUGCGAACCUUUCUUUUUAUAUUUGGAUACAUGAAUGUUAGAAAGGUACACAACUUUUAAAGCUAUAAAUUAAAGAUACACGUUUACGGCGACGUUGAUUUUAUUAAAAGAAAAAACGAGAGAGUUUUAUUCAUCUCAAACCAUUUGUCCAAAGCCGAUUGGUUCAUUUGUUCCAUGCUUAUUUUGCAUCAAGGCGGGUUAGGAAGAACAAGAUUUGUGCUGCAUAAAAAUCUCAAAUAUACACCGAUUUUCGGAUUUUACCUUUCCCAGGACUCUUGCUUAUUCGUUGACCGAUAUAAUUUUAAUGCAAAAGCAGCUAUCAGUACACUAAAUGAUAUUAAACAACUUCAGGCCAAUACUUGGAUGGUUAUUUACCCUGAAGGUACUAGAUACAAUCCAUGGAAGCAUGAUGUGAUUCAAGCUUCGCAAAAAUUCGCCGUUGAGAAAGCUGGUAUUAAACCGUUCAAGCAUGUUUUGGUGCCAAGAAGAAGAGGUAUUCAGUUGAUAUUAAAUCAGAUGCAUGAUUGUCUUGAUGCUUUAUACGAUGUGACAACCGUAUUCGCUGAUGAAAAUGGUUAUCCAUACGAUCAUUCUGUACCUGCACCAGGUUUGGGAGAUUGGUUAAUAAGACAGCGAAGUUUAUACAUCUAUUUAAAACGUAUACCAAUAAAGCAAAUCCCAAGUGAUAGUCAAUCAAUCACUCAAUGGCUGUAUGAGCGUUAUAGAAUAAAGGAUGAUUUUAUCGAUAAUUUACAAACAAGAUUUUAUAAAUCAUCUCAAACAUUGCAAAAUCACAGUCAUACCAAUCAUCAAAACAUUGUCGAGUCGAUGACAACACUGAACAACUAUGUUGUGGAUACAAAUAAUAAUAAUAAUAAUAAUAAUAAUAAUAAUUACAGUAGUGAAAAUAUCCGAUGUUUACCAAAUGAUUUAAGAAUAAUUAAACAGAAUUUUCUUGAUUGUUUCACCGAUGAAAUGUCUAAACAAUGCUUAGAACUUGAAAAAUUUCACCUUUUCGAUUUCUUACCAUACGCAAUAUUAUUUUAUGGUAUUACAAUUUAUUGGAUUAUUGGAUUUGGUUGGUAUGGUUUAAUGAGUUAUUUAACUGCAGGUUUAAUUGGAACAAUUGGUGGUCAGCUAUAUGUGCAUUUCGCAGUUUAAUAAUAUUUAAACAUAUGUAUAUGUUUAUGACGCUUUAUUCAGUUUAUUUAUUAUAAUAUUACAAAAAAUUGCAUGUAUAUUAUCAUUGACAUGCAAUAAAGUGCUUACUUAAAAAGUACUAUCUUAGUUAUUUUUUUAAUGUGAAAGAACCAACACACCAUUUUUCGACCACCAUACAUUCAUUGUUUUGUGCUCUAUGUAUGGAUGCAAAUAUGUGUGUUACGUUUGGUAAAGUGUAGGCACAAUUAGAAGUUGAACACGUUUAAUUAUUUUAGGCAUAUAUAUGUAUGCAUAUAUGAUCUGAAUCGGUGUUUACGUGCCUAACGUAAUUUUAUUCAUUUUUUAAAAAUCAUGAUAUACUUGCUCUCCAUGACAUGUUUCUAAGUUAUACACUAUGACGCACAGACGUGAAUAACUCCGCCUUUAGCUCUUUUAAGGCUACUGCCGAUACCAAACAAGGGUAAAGGCGAAGAGUUGGGCGUGAGGUGCUGACAUAGUAUCCAAUCAUCACCUCAUGGUUUCAAACAUGAAACUGAAGCUAAAGAAGAACCGGACAAAUGAACAGGCAACAUUACAAAGGUCCAAUGGAGCGUUCCUUCAGGAUAUUAACAAACUCAAUGAAUUCAAGAUAACUCUCAACAAC